UCAAAUCCAAAGGUUGGAGAUUCUGAAACUGACCUUGUAGAACCACCCAGUGAGCGUUCUUUACCCCCUACAGAUGUCACCAGUGUUGUUGUUGGAUCGAUACAUGGUGUUUCUGAUGGACAGCAAUCUCAAGAAGCUGAUUCUAUUGUCAGUUCUCAUGUUGUCAAUGGUGAAUGUGACAUGAUUUUGCCUUCUGCUUCCUCCCAUGAAGUGAAAUCGAGUGAGCUUACCUUGCCCCUUCCUGAGGUUGGCACCAUUGCUGUUGGAUCCAUUCAACAUGCUUCAGAUGAACAACAAUCUCAAAAUGCUCAUUCUGCUUCCUCUUCCAAGGUUAAUGACUCUGAGGCAGGAGGUGCUAAAAAUGGAGAUCAUGUAGCCCAAAUCAAUGAUCUUAUUCUGCCCCAUCAAAAGAUUAUCAGUUCUGCUGUUGGAUCCCCAAAAUCUGUUAGUCCUAAACACAUGAAGCAGGUUGAUGUAAAUAAAGGUCUUAUUGAUACAGCUGCACCUUUUGAAUCUGUUAAAGAAGCUGUUUCCAAGUUUGGAGGAAUUGUUGAUUGGAAAGCUCAUAGAAUGCAAACUGUGGAGAGACGCAAGCUUGUAGAACAAGACCUUGAGAAAGUACAGGAUGAGAUGCCUGAAUACAAGCAACGGUCAGAGGAUGCUGAAGAGGCAAAAAUGCAAGUAUUAAAGGAGCUGGACAGCACAAAGAGACUAAUAGAAGAGCUAAAGCUGAGCCUGGAGAGAGCACAAACUGAAGAGAAUCAGGCAAAGCAAGACUCUGAACUUGCCAAGCUCAGGGUGGAGGAGAUGGAACAAGGGAUUGCUGAUGAGGCUAGUGUUGCAGCAAAGACACAGCUUGAGGUUGCUAAAGCCAGGCAUGCGGCUGCAGUUUCAGAGCUGAAAUCCGUUAAAGAAGAGUUGGAAGCACUACAAAAGGAAUAUACUUCUUUGAUGACUGAGAGAGAUGUAGCUGUUAAGAAAGCUGAAGAGGCUGUUUCUGCUUCGAAAGAGGUUGAGAAGACAGUGGAAGAAUUGACUAUUGAACUGAUUGCCACAAAGGAAUCCUUAGAGUCGGCACAUGCUGCCCAUUUGGAGGCAGAAGAGAAAAGGAUUGGAGCAGCCAUGGCCCGAGACCAAGAUACUCAUCAUUGGGAGAAGGAACUAAAACAGGCUGAAGAGGAGCUCCAGAAACUUAAUCAGCAAAUCCAUUCAGCAAAGGAGCUGAAAUUAAAGCUAGACACUGCUUCAGCCCUACUACUUGAUUUGAAAGCUGAAUUAGCUGCUUAUAUGGAAUCUAAACUUAAGGAGCAAACUGAUGGACACUCCACUGAUGAGUCACAGGCAUCAGAGAGAAGAACUCACACUGAUAUACAAGCUGCAAUUGCUUCAGCAAAGAAGGAACUUGAAGAGGUGAAGCUCAAUAUAGAGAAAGCAACUACAGAAGUGGAUUGUUUGAAGGUGGCAGCUAUUUCAUUAAAAUCAGAGGUUGAAAAGGAAAAAUCUGCUCUUACUGCCAUUAAGCAGAGAGAAGGAAUGGCAUCGGUUGCAGUCGCUUCUCUGGAAGCUGAGCUGGACAGGACUCGGUCAGAAAUAGCCAUGGUCCAGAUGAAGGAAAAAGAGGCCAGAGAGAAGAUGUUGGAGCUGCCCAAACAACUGCAGCAGGCAGCACAAGAGGCCGAUGAGGCCAAGUCACUUGCUCAAAUGGCUCGAGAAGAGCUACGCAAGGCAAAGGAAGAAGCAGAGCAAGCGAAGGCUGGAGCAAGUACCAUGGAGAGUAGAUUACUUGCAGCUCAAAAGGAGAUAGAGGCUGCCAAGGCUUCAGAGAAGUUAGCUUUAGCUGCUAUCAAAGCAUUGCAAGAGAGUGAAUCAGCUCAAAGCACCAAUAAUGUCGAUUCACCCGCUGGUGUAACGCUUUCCUUGGAGGAGUACUAUGAACUCAGUAAACGUGCACAUGAGGCAGAGGAACAGGCCAACAUGAGGGUGGCGGCUGCCAUUUCUCAAAUUGAGGUAGCUAAGCAAUCCGAGUCAAGAAGCUUGGAAAAGCUGGAAGAAGUAAAUCGAGAGAUGGCUAAUAGAAGGGAAGCGCUAAAAAUUGCUAUGGAGAAGGCCGAGAAGGCCAAGGAAGGGAAGUUAGGUGUGGAGCAGGAAUUGAGAAAGUGGAGAGCUGAGCAUGAGCAACGGCGAAAGGCUACUGAAUUGAGUCAUGGAGGGAACGCUCCAGGGGCAAGUUUUGAGGGAAAUAAAGAAACGAAGAACUUUGAACCUGUACCUGCUGCUCCUGCCCACACUCUAGCAAGCCCAAAGGCAUAUGUGCAUGGGAAUAACACAGAAACCGAAUCAUCCCCGGAAGCAAAGGUUGUAAAGAAAAAGAAGAAGUCACUGUUCCCAAAGAUUUUCAUGUUUUUGGCCAGAAGAAAGUCAACUUCAUCCAAGUCCAGUUAAGCCUUCAGUGAAACGCUGUGAUAUCUUUGCUGUUGUGAUUUUACCUUCCUUUUUGUCUGGGUUGUCACAGUGGCCAUAAAUCCUGGAUAAGAUUUGACUGAUUUUUUACUCUCUUGAGUGUAAAUUCCAGUGAUUAUUUGAUGUAUGAUAAAGUUGAGAAUAUAUUUUUGCUUAUUGGAAAAGGGUUUGUAUGGGUAAUAAAAGAUGCUUCUGUAUAGGCUUUCGUGACGCUUGAGCGUUAACUCUUGUAAAAGUGAUGUAAGUUUGUUAUAUGAUGCAAGAAUUUGGUUUUCUUCGCCUUA